AUGAAGACCUGGCUGUUUACAGGGGUGAUAGUCCUUUACCUGGUGCAAGGCGAGGCACUGAAAUGCUACACGUGCGUGGCAUCGAACGAGGAGGAUUGUGACAGACAGGGGUCCCUGCUCUGCCCACAGUUUGCCGACGGCUGCUCCACAAUCACAGCUACAAACAGUGUGAUCAAGUCCUGUUCGUACAAGGCCUUCUGUGACCAUUCCCAGCUAGCCACCGGGGCAGUGAAGAUGAAUUGCUGCUUCACAGAUGAGUGCAAUGGGUCGGCCCAUGGCAGCAGUGCCAGUGUUGGGAAUAGAGGCACUCAAGUCUCCCACAGCACCCAGCUGCUCUUCAGUGUGUUCCUCGCACGCUGCUUCCUCUGCAGAGUUCAGAAGUGAUGGGAGCAGAAUCAGGCCAUUCGGCCCAUCAAGUCUACUCCGCCAUUCAAUAAUCUAUCUUCCUCUCUCAGCACCUUCUCCCCAUAACCCCUGACACCCGCAACCACGGCUGGCAAACAGCAAAGUUUGACACCACUCUUCUCAUCUACCGGGGCAAGAUCUUGCACGCAACCUUUACUGCUCUGUGGGGAAAUGCGUAGCUACUAAAGAAAGUUCUCAAAGACACCUUCAACGGAUUAUAAAUCGAAAGCCUUGUGUGUACACACCUGCAACUGAGCACUGGGCUCCAUUUCUGAGAUUUGGUCCCAUCAAUAGAAUCCAUUAUCCAGAAGCACAGUUCACAAUGCAAACUCCACCUGACUCCCCCCCACCCCCUGUCGCCACCUACACUUCAAACUGCCAUGGAAAAGCGACCAGCAUAAUCAGAUAUCCCACCGCCGUCAUUCCUUCUUCUCCCCGCUCCCGUCCGGCAGAAGGCACAUUGGCUUGGAAGCCCGCAUCAGCAGACUCAGGAACAGCUUCUUCCCCUCUGUUAUCAGGCUUCUGAACGGUGGGUCCUUCCAUAAUAAUAAUAAUAA